CCAUCUCACCGCGCCAAGUGAGGACACUGAUGAACAGCGAGAUCCUCGCCGCCCAGAACUUUCUCUCCGGACGCGCCGAGCGUUCCGUCAAGUGGAAGAGCCUGGUCAAGAGCGAUCCGCGCCGCACCGUGCGCGCACUCACGCUCACUGGGUUCAGCGCUGAGUCGAUUGACGGCGACACGCCGUGGGAUGCGCUGCCCAUCCUGCAGGAGCUUGAAGACGUCUCUAAGAAUGCGAAGGGCGAUGUGUGGAAGCGCCUCGUGAACGCGGGCCUCAUCGCUGCACUGUGCGACAACGCAGUCAAGAUGGGUCAAGUCGGGAUUAUGCACGACCCGAGUGCUCCCCGCCCGUCGAAGGAAGAGCUGCAAAGGCUUCAGAAGCAGCUUCCAUCGCCAUGGUACUACCCCCUGGCGGUCAUCUGCUCCGGCCUGGUCAACUGUGUCACUCCGCCCGGCGCGACAGAGUUACGGGUUGUAGAGGACCUCAAGAAACACUGGCACUCUGUGACUGAGUGUUUGUGGUCCGAUCCGUCUAACAGUCUUGAGGCAAGAGCGACAUUCGAGCGUUCAGUCGCCGCCCAGAUCGUUGUCCGCGUGCUGACCGCUGUUGAUCCGUCGUUCAUAGAGGUCCUUAUGGACAAGAAAGACCGGACGUUUGCCGUCUGCAUGCGGAACUGGCUAUACUCAGAAGGGCACAUGGACUGCUACCUCAACGCCAGCGUGCUGCUGCCAUUCCUCGAACAGGGCUCGCGUCUUUACACACCGCCGUUCUGGCUGCCCUACCUCGCAGAGCACCCAAUGCCCUCCGCAGAGGUGCUACUACCCCGCAUCCUCGAGGGCGCCAGCCGCCAUCCCGAGGCGAGCGCGAAGAAGCGGAACACAGAACAGACUGCAGCAGCCGUCGUCGCCGCCAGCGCGAAGCACCUCGCGCUGCCCGAGACCGAGCUCACCAUGCUGGACCUCUCCCUCGAAAUCGAUCUUGUUCGCGCACUCGUCGACCAUGCGAAGACGGCGUUCCCCGCGCUUCCCCGCGCCGCGUACAAGUCUGAACCGCUCUGGGAGGGAGUUGUGCGGGGGAUGCGACGAGCCGCGCUGGCGAAGAAGCGCAAGGAGAAGGAUUACGAUGUGAUCAUGUUAGUGCUGAGCUGGUGUGCGAAGGCGUCCAAACGGGUGCAAGAGGAGGGUUCGAAGACCGUCGACAAGCUCAUCUAUGCCUGGACGACUGCUGGUCUGUUGGACGCACUCGAAGAGUCCUUGGAAUUUUAUGUGGACCAAACGAGUGGCGGAUUGGGUCUUGUGAUGAUCCUGCACGAGCUCAUAGAGAGCAUCCCGAAGCUGAGUGCGAAGACCACGACAGCCCUACGCGCCCAGUUCCCUCGACCUCGCCUCGUAGCACAGCUCAAGAAAGCCGUUGGAAACGCGGAGGGCGAUCCUAUGCUCAUUUAUCAGCGCGAGAUUAUGAAAAUCGACGCGGGCGAACAGUCACCGGCCGCGCCGAGUGGGCUCUGGAAGCAUGGCGCAUUGGAGAUGGUGGAGUCGCUGACGGCUCUGCUAGGCGGCUCGGGACAAUGUGCACGGCGCGGGUGCGCGAAGCCUGCGACCGGUCCACCCUGCCACGUGGAGAGAUGCGAGGGAACGCGCUAUUGCUCUACCAUCUGUAUGGAGGGAGAUUGGGGCCAACACUGGGAGGUCUGCUGUGACGGUGACUACAAACGGAUCAUCGAGCGCAACAACGCCAUUCUUGAGAUUAA